CGUGCAGUCCAGCAAGUAAUUUUUGUUUUUACUGUUGCCUUGUGCCAGGCCGCGUUACCAUGAGCUUGUCCCUGAACCCCAACCCCUUCCUGAAUGGGCUGACAGGGAAGCCGGUGAUGGUGAAGCUGAAGUGGGGAAUGGAGUACAAGGGCUACUUGGUGUCUGUCAAUGGCUACGUGAAUAUGCAGCUUGCAAACACAGAAGAAUACAUAGAUGGUGCAUUGUCAGGACACCUUGGUGAAGUUUUAAUAAGAUGCAAUGACAUGUCCAGUACAUCAGAGGAGUAGAAGGAGGAGAAGAUGGAGAAAUGAGAGAAUAAGUUUGUAUAUUUCUGGAAAAUAAAGAUCAG